GUGACAAGGCACAAAAACCUUCUACUACAAAAGAUCAAGUGAUGGAGUCAAGGACCCGAGCGAGAAGAAAAGAAGUUACCUGGGGCAAGCUAAAGAAGUGGGAGGAUCUUCUUGUGAAGAAAGAAGAGAAGUAAGAGGGCCAAAUCACAAAGUGCAGAUGAGAGGAGGGGAACAAACCCUAGGCGCUGGAGGGAUCCAAUCGGGCCUGGCAUAUCUCCAUCUCCCUCACCCCACCUUCUCCACCACCGGCCGCCGCCGCGGCCAGGCCGGCGUGGCGGCGCGCCACCGCGCCAUCACCAGCAUCCACCAGCACCAAUCCAUCUCCACGCCGCCGCCAGCACACACCACCCAUCCAUCCAGCCACCAGAGCCACCGCAUCACCACCGCGCCUCCACCCCAUGCUCGCGCGCUCGACCAGACGAGGUGCCUGGUGCCCCGCGCGACCAUCCCCACGCUGCUGCUGCUCUUCCCACGUCCCUGAUGCUGCUCUGCUUGCGCCCGAUCUCUGCUGCUCCUCCUUCAAUCUCCUGCUGCUUCUCUUCUUCUAUCCCCAAAACUGUUGCUGCUCCCCAUCCUCACGUCCUUGCUGCUCCUCUUUCUUCAAUCAUGCUUCUGCUUCCCCCACGUUCUGCUUCCUUUCUUCUCCUUCACUUCCUGCCUGCUGCUUCUCCUUCUUCCUUCACCUGCUGCGAUCUCUCUCUCUCCCACAUCUUUGCUGCUGCCCCUGCUGAACCCUCCACGCUGCUGCUCCUCCUUCUUCUCCACAAAACUGCUGCUGCUCCCUUCUUGCCCAUGCCUCUGCUGCUGCCUCUCUUCUCCUACACCUUUUGCUGCUGCCAUCUCUCUCUCUCUCUCUCUCUCUGAAUAUUCUGUAAUUUGAGAAGUAAGAAGCUUUGUAAUAUUCAGAUUCUAUAAGUGCCUGUAAUCUGCUAUAUGUUCAGUUCAUACUUGUCAUGUGUUAAUUAGUAUUCUUCUACUGUAUGUGUGAGAUCCCUUAUGUGUUUGUUCCUUACUGCAGAAAUUUAUUCAGUUGUCCAUGUGUUAGCUCCAGUACAUGUGUGUUUUGUGAUGUAAACCAUGUCAGCUAGCUCACUGUAACAAAUUCAUGUUAGUAUUUGUGAUUUUAUUUUGUAUUGAAAUUACUCUCUUUGGUAGCCAGUUGUGUGAUCAUUCAAUUUUCAGUCUAUGUAUUAGCUCUGUACCUGUAAUAUAUGUUGUGACAUGAAGCAUUUUCAUCCCUAUUCAUUAUCUUGUUUCUUCCCUUUGUCAUAUGCUUGUUAGAUAAAUAUAUGUGUUCAUGUCCUGUUGUUUCCUUUUGUGUUAGCAUUUUAGUUUCUCAAGUAAUAGGAAAACACCAAAAAGACAACAUAGACAAUCUGAACUUCCCCUUUGCUUAUUUUGCAUUUUCUUUGGCGACAAUCUUUGGGAACGACCUUGUUAGUUUAGGAUUUAUUUUCUGCAUUCGUCUCUUAAAAUUGUGUUACUUAGAUUUAGCCAAGAAUAGUCAUCGUCGCCUAGUCCCUGUGGGGAACACGACACUCGCAGUUCGGGCGAAAUACCCUACUGUACUUACAAUCGAUCAUUUUGGUGCCGUUGCCGGGGACUAGCGUCGUGCGACCGUGUUAGGCUAUAGACUAGGUUUUGCUUCUGUUUCUAUCUAGUGCCAUAUAUUUGUGAUAUAUCUCUUACCCCUAACCACUGUUCUAGUUAUCUUCUCUUUGUUUUCUUGUUCAUUUUGUAGGUUGAAUCAUCUUCUCAGAUAUGGCUUACUAUUCAGAUCAUCAUGCUUAUGCGAGCAACACUACAAACAGAACGGAAAGUAUUCAAGACCUGAUAAAUAAGAUUUCCCAUCGAUUAGAUGAUUUAGCUCGGCAGCGAGAAGUAGUUUUUGAGGAUAGGCCUAGCUCUUAUGAUCCUUAUUCUAGAGGCCAUCCUUGUGUUGCUCCUACAUGCCAUAUUUGUGGAUUUCAGGGCCAUUCACCCGCUGAAUGUCAGCUUCGCUACUCUCACCCUCCAGAUUGUUUUGGCAUGAGCUUCGCUCAAGAGCAUAGCUCAUACCAAAACAAUUACUCACAUGGGUGGCCUGAAAACCCGAAUAUGUCAUAUAGGAGCAACAACCCUGAGAUCACACCGUUUGCUUCUAGUAAUCAUAUGCAGGGAAUUAGGUACAAUGAGGAGAGACAUAACCAUGCACCACAACAGUUUUAUUCACCUCCUACUCAUAUACCGCAGCACCAGGAGAUGUGUCCAAUGGAGUUAAAUGGUCCUCCAUUUGGUCAACCAACACCUUCAACACAAGUGCCCACACAAGAUGAUUUUGAUGAUAUAGACAAGCUCACAUUGCUUAGUCCCGAGUUCACUUGGAGUGCCGAAGAUGAUCCAAUUAGGCCGGUGAUACUAGAUGAAAUGAAGAAGCUCAAGAGUGGGAAGGAGCUAGUGGAAGAAGUAAGGAAAAUUGAGAAGAAUAUCAAUGCCGGGUGCACUAUCUCAUCCCUCCUUGAGCUGAGUGUUUCUGGGAUAUCCCUUGAGGUGUGUGAGGUUCCAACACCUUCACAUUCAGCUGAGCAACAUAGCGAGAGUCCAGAGGAACAGAUACUUCAGAUCCAAGAAGAAAUUCUCGAAGCCAAGGCACAAGAUGAUCCAGAGCUCGAAUACCCAAAUGAACAAGUUGAAGAUCCAAUGUCUAUCUCUCCCGAAGAAGUAAAAGAAGCUGCUGUAGAUGAACUUGAAGAACCAGAAAUUCAUUUGCCCAUUGUUACACAAGAGCGUGAUGUAGCAGGUUUAUCUAAUCCUCUUAAUGACAUGAGUCCUUAUGAUUUAUUUGCUUCUACCUUGCAUUACAUGAUGCCAUCACUUAAGAUUGAUUGGAAAACUCAUUUGCUUGGAUAUGAUGAUACAUACACUGUUGGUGGCAUUGCUCUCAUUCCUGAUGAUCACAGUUACUUUCCUCGUGCCAGUUCUAUGCUUAAUGAAACAUAUCAUUCCCAUGCUAGUCUUGAGCUUAAUGAUAAAUAUCAUCCUCAUGUUAGUGUUGACCUUGCUGAUUUCUACCAUCCUAAACAUGUGCUUUAUAACUAUGCUUAUGUAAUUGGAUAUUCAAUUGAUGACUUGGAGGGUAUUAUCCCUACCACUUGCAUUGUCUCUUUCGUUGAGUGCUCUUUCAGGUUCUUCCUUGUGCACGAAUCACUACAUGUUGACCAGGUUCGAGGUGACAUUCCUUGGGACCCCGGUGGAUCCUGAGCACGGAGACGAGGAAAAGCAAGGAGCACACAUAUGGAAGAGAGAAACUGGAGCGUGCUUGUGGAAGCAAAAGGAGAAGAGCUGCAGUUUAGAGAGUGUCGAGCGAGUGUUACAUCAAAGCUCGAAAAGUGCGACAAGGCAUAAAAUCCUUCUACUACAAAAGAUCAAGUGAUGGAGUCAAGGACCCGAGCGAGAAGAAAAGAAGUUACCUGGGGCAAGCUAAAGAAGUGGGAGGAUCUUCUUGUGAAGAAAGAAGAGAAGUAAGAGGGCCAAAUCACAAAGUGCAGAUGAGAGGAGGGGAACAAAAUCCCUAGGUGCUGGAGGGAUCCAAUCGGGCCUGGCAUAUCUCCAUCUCCCUCACCCCACCUUCUCCACCACCGGCCGCCGCCGCGGCCAGGCCGGCGUGGCGGCGCGCCACCGCGCCAUCACCAGCAUCCACCAGCACCAAUCCAUCUCCACGCCGCCGCCAGCACACACCACCCAUCCAUCCAGCCACCAGAGCCACCGCAUCACCACCGCGCCUCCACCCCAUGCUCGCGCGCUCGACCAGACGAGGUGCCUGGUCCCCCGCACGACCAUCCCCACGCUGCUGCUGCUCUUCCCACGUCCUUGAUGCUGCUCUGCUUGCGCCCGAUCUCUGCUGCUCCUUCUUCAAUCUCCUGCUGCUUCUCUUCUUCUAUCCCCAAAACUGCUGCUGCUCCCCAUCCUCACGUCCUUGCUGCUCCUCUUUCUUCAAUCUUGCUGCUGCUUCCCCCACGCCUCUGCUUCCUUUCUUCUCCUUCACUUCCUGCCUGCUGCUUCUCCUUCUUCCUUCACCUGCUGCGAUAUAUCUCUCUCUCUCCCACAUCUUUGCUGCUGCCCUGCUGAACCCUCCACGCCGCCGUCUUGCCCAUGCCUCUGCUGCUGCCUCUCUUCUCCUACACCUUUUGCUGCUGCCAUCUCUCCCUCUCUCUCUCCCUCUGAAUAUUCUGUAAUUUGAGAAGUAAGAAGCUUUGUAAUAUUCAGAUUCUAUAAGUGCCUGUAAUCUGCUAUAUGUUCAGUUCUUGUUUCUUCCCUUUGUCAUAUGCUUGUUAGAUAAAUAUAUGUGUUCAUGUCCUGUUGUUUC